GUUGAGCAAGAAUGGGAAGAUAUGAGGCGAUCCGGCGCGGCGCGGCCGGCCACUUGUUGACUUCGACUGACUAGUUGACUGCCGGUCUCAUAGUCGCACGCACGCCCUCACGACACCUCCUCAAUAUAACCUAACAACCAUGGGUCUGGACAUCAAGUCGGUGCUGGUGGUGGACGGGGUGGGCCCGAACUGCGCGCAGAUCCUGCAGCAGCACGGCAUCGGCGUCACCGAGGUCGCCAAGAUCAGCAAGGAACAGCUGCUGAAGGAGGUCCCUAAAUUCGACGCGCUGGUGGUCCGCUCGGCCUCCACCGUCACCGCGGAGGUGCUGGCGGCCGGCUCCAAGCUCAAGGUGGUGGGCCGCGCCGGCGCUGGCGUGGACAACAUCGACGUGCCGGCGGCUGGAGCCAAGAACAUCGCCGUCAUCAAUGCCCCCGGAGCGAACGCCAUGAGCGCUUGCGAGCUGACCUGCUCCCUACUCCUGGCGGCGGCGCGGCACGUGGUGCCGGCGGCGGCGGCGCUGCGUGCGGGGCGCUGGGAGCGCGCACAGCACACCGGCACGGAGCUAUAUGGGAAGACCCUGGCGGUCCUCGGAUUGGGCAGGGUCGGACGGGAGGUGGCCGUCAGGAUGAAUGCUUUCGGCAUGACGGUGGUUGGCUUCGACCCGUUCGUCUCAGCCGAGCAGUGCAAGGAGUUCCACACCACCAAGAUGGAGCUGGAGCAGAUCUGGCCCGUGGCCGACUACAUCACGCUGCACACGCCGCUUAUUGACUCCACCAGGAACUUCAUAAACGCGGAAGUGUUCAAGAAGUGCAAGAAGGGCGUCAAGAUCGUGAACGUGGGCCGCGGCGGCCUCAUCAAGGAGGCCGACCUGCUGGCCGCGCUCAACUCUGGAGUGGUCGGAGCCGCAGCCCUUGACGUAUUCGAGCAGGAGCCCCCGACGGACCCGCUCACCCUCGAGAUCAUCCAGCACAAGGCCGUCAUCGCCACGCCGCAUCUAGGAGCAUCCACAAAGGAAGCGCAAGUGAGAGUAGGCCAGGAGAUCGCUGAACAACUGGUCAAUCUGGUCAAACCCGGCACCUUCUCCACCCCCAUCGCAGAGGUCACCAGGGUACUCAAGAAGUGAACAUCAUUAUGAAACAACUCCUUACAAAUAAUGAAUUAAAACCUCUAAUGAGCGUCAUAAUUUUAUGAUUAUGCUGAAGAGGGUACCUACUCAGACGUUAUACCUAGGUACUGUUAUUAUUAGUAAGGGGAUUAGAUUUUAAGUAAACCCUCCAAGUGUCAUAUAAGUAAAAGUAGGUAUAUUUAUAAUUAACCUACAAUGUUUAUAAGUGCCUUGACGGAUUCUAUUCCGUUAUCUUAAAUUAUAAUUACUUUUUAUUAAAUGUGUAUUAUCAAG